AUAACUUCGACCAACUAAGGUGUUAUCAUGUCUUCUUCAUCCCUUCUGCCACGAGCGAUAGCCAAGACUUCGGCCUGAAAUCGGUUGAUUCGGCUUGAAAUCGGUUGAUUUUCAGGCGAGAUCCCGCAGAUCUGACUCAAAAACAAAAAUACUGGAAUGAUAAUAAAUAACUAACAAACAUAAUUUUGGCGUAGCGAUGCCGCAGCGUCCAAGCUUGAGCUCGUACAUGUGUCUCUCUCACUCGAACAUACAGCUUACAGCGUGAAGGCUUAACGAGCAGGUAGACAAAGUUCUUCCUGGACGACAGGUCGUGGUCGUGAAAUUGACAUUCCAAACUCGGCCACCCUAACGUCGUUUUGCCUCCUAUCGAUCUAUCGGCUUCAUCGCAGAGGCGUCAGCUAUGGCCCCCGUUCAUCCUCGCAUCUUAAUAUGCAGAUAUGCCUUUAUGGUGAGUAAGACCUUAUCUGAGAACUCGAAUGACAUCCAGGCUUUUCAAUUCGUUAAUUGGGCAAUCACUUUCAGUCUAAGCCUUGCCCUGGCUAGAGACUUUGUGUUGUUUAUAGUCCUAGCUCUCGUGGGACUGGUCAUGUUCAUCUAUGUUCCCUACGCCUUACAUAUCACCUACCGCGACAAGCAUGUCGGCGUCCAAGGAUUCGACCAUGCUGGUGGGGAAGUCGCAUUUGUCGUGGUAGCUGGAGUUGGAUGGUUGAUUGCUUGCGGUGUCGAUAUCCUUCUCACUGUCUUAUUGGGAGUCUGUCAGGAUGAGGAGGACUACUAUCUUCCGACAUCAACCAAUCAAUGUGGUGUCGGAGUCGCCCUUGCCGUCCUUACUGGUCUCCAGACCAUCAUAAUGAUCCUCUGGCUGUGGAUGAUUGUCUUCAUCGUGUACAAAUCGCCUAAUACCUUGAGAUCGGAGGCUUAUCGAACAUCCGUCAAUUGGCUACUACGCGGAGCAUCCUCACCGCAGAGAGGACCAGAAAUUACGUCGAUGGCAGAGGAGGCUCCUCGGCCAGUAAUGAGGCAAGGAUCCGGAACGGUAGCUGCGUCAGCCACUGCGCCGUCACUGCAGCCCUCGUCUUACGAAGGAGCGAUACGGCCUGCAGAUGUGGGACCUUCGUCUUCCGCUCCCAGCGCUCAGUCACCAAAUCGGGCGGCGAACGCACAGACUCAGUGGGAGGACAAAGACGACGCAUCCUCCGAUUCCCGCAUCAACAGCAUACACGGUGUCGAUUAGCCUGGUCAUUCAUGUCAAUAAAGUAUAAUUCGGCGAGGGGCCAU